CUCCAGGCUCAAUGCAAUCGAAACAGCUUCAAUUCCCCAAACCCAGCCUUUCUUCACAAUCCCCAAUCCUCUCCCCCGAGGGAACGAGACGAUAAGAACGGGGAGCACUUGUAGUGUGCGGAAUCCAAUUUUUGUUCUGGUUCUCCAUAGCCAGCGGGGUCGAAUCGCUUUUUUUGCCUUGCCGAGACGUUUUCGAAUCAACGACACAGAGCAAUUCCAUUAAAACCAGAAAUAAGAAAAAAAAUGACCUUUUUCCGCAUCACCCUCCACCGCUCGGCCAUUGGUCUUCCCGAGCGCACCCGGGGCGUGCUCCAGGCGCUCGGCCUGCGGCGGCGCAUGCAGACCGUCUUCCACCCCGCGGAGCCGCAGUUCGCGGGUAUGAUCAUGAAGGUCAAGGAGCUGGUGCGCGUGCAGGAGGUGGAGCGGAGGCUGACCAAGCGGGAGGUCAAGGCGGAGAGGACGCCGGAUAAAGGGUUUUACGUUGAGAGGGCGGUGCAGCGGAUGUGAAGAGAUUUGAUUUGUGGUUUAGGGGAUAAGAUGUUGAUGAUUAUGAGCGCAAAAAGGGGGAAAUAUAUGCAAAGCGAGGGGUUGAUGGUUUGUGGGAGUGGAUGUUUGUAUAUAAGAGAGUGUAUGGUUGAGGAGGAAUUAUAGCGGGAUGGACAAGACGAGCUUGUACGAUAUCAACGGCAACAAUGUACGAAAGAAACAAAAAAGACGGAUAUGCCCGGCUUCGAAAUGGGGCGGGCACAAACAAGUCAUGUGGAAUCACCAAGGUGGUUAAAAGAGCCAUAUACAAAACAAAGCAUUUUCCC